AUGAGCAGUCAGCCUCUCGGCCCCAGCCCGGACUAUUCCGCCACCAGACUCAGUGCUCAGGUGGCGCCAGGCAACUUCUCAGCCAGCACUCCCAGCCACGGGAGCAGACUGGAAUGUGCAAGACCCAAGAGGCAGCGUCAGGGCGACCAGAAAAGUGAGCCAGCCCACAUACAGAUAGGCAAAGUGGAACCUGUUCCUGGCGGCCCACACACCCCGCCACCACCGGGACCCGCACGCGACAGCAGGCCUUAUGCUGACCCCAGCCUGACACCUGUGGAGAAAGCCGCCCGCCGCCGGGCUCCUGCCCUUCAUCCCCCUGAGCUGCCAGGCCUGUGCCGACCCAACUGCCGGCCCAGCGUCGGAACCAGCUCCAGCCAGCUUGCAACACGGAAGGGCUCCUACCUUGUGGCUCAGCUCUCUUUCUCCUUCUCAGCGGCCUCUGACAUUCCCUGGGAGCGCUCCCACCACUGCUUCUGCUGCUGCCUCCCGCACUCUAGCGGGCCUCUAGCUCAGGGCUCUCUCACCAGCGCCCUGUCCCCUCAGCACUGGCUGACACACACGCCUAGAACCUGGCUGGGCUCUGCCCCAGAAUCCUCAGUGCGCACUGGACUUGGCCAGGCCCCAGAAUCCACCGUGCCAGGCUCGGCUCUGCCCCAGAAUCCGCCACGCAUGCCUGGCUCACCAAACCUGGUGCUCCCAUCUGAAGGCUCCAGAAAGUACCCAGAACCCCAGCCAAACCUGGUGCUCCAAUAUAAAGGCUCCUUCAAGGGCCUAGCACCCCAGUCAAGCCUGGUGCUCCAAGAUGAAGGCUCAGGUCCAGCCCGGGUCUGUGCUCCCCGCCCCCACCGACUCCUCUCUGCUGCACCAUCUCACCCCAGUGAGCCUGUUCCUGGCGUUGAAGACCCUCCUCAGUCUGCAGAGAUCCGCGUGUCUCCGCUUGGCCAGGCCGACGUCCCGCUGCAGGUUCUCAGGCAGCAUGGCCUCCAUAGUGUGGGGGCCGCGGCCACUCCGAGCGGCCCGAGGAGCUUUAAGCACCGGGGGACAAGAAAAGGCCCCGAAAUUGUUCUGGCCACAGUCCUGAGCGCGCCGCUGGGCUCUUCUCCAGCAGCCGAAAGGCAGAGGCGCCAACCGCAGGGAGCGGCUCAGGCGCCGAGCACAGCCGUGCGGUGGCUGGAGCUGCGGCUCGUGGAGAACUUCAAGUCGUCGCGCGGCCGCCAGCUCAUCGGGUCCUUCAAGAGGUUCACCUGUAUCGUUGGCCCCAAUAGCUCAGGAAAAUAUAAUGUAAUGGAUGCACUUAGUUUUGUAAUAGGAGAAAAGACAGCUAAUUUAGGAGUAAAAAAUAUCCAAGAACUUAUUCAUGGAGCACAUAUUGGAAAAUCUAUGUCAUUUGCAAGCGUAAAAAUUAUGUAUAUAGAAGAAAGUGGAGAAGAGAAAACAUUUGCAAGGAUUAUCUGAGGUAAUUUUUGUAAUCUUUUGAAAAAUGAUAAACCUGUUAGUCGUUCUGCAUACAUAGCACAGUUGGAAAAGAUAGGCAUAAUAGUCAAAGCCCGGAGCUGCCUUGUUUUUCAGGGAACUGUGGAGUCCAUUUCCUUGAAAAAGCCCAAAGAAAGAACCUAGUUUUUUGAGGAAAUCAGAACCUCAGGAGAGCUGAUGGGAGAAUAUGAGGAAAAGAAGAAAAAGCUGCAAAAAGCUGAGGAAGACACACAGUUUCAUUUCAGUAAGAAAAAAAAUGUCACCACAGAGCGCAAGCAUGCAGAAAUAGAGAAGGACGAGGCAGAAUGUUACCAAAGUCUCCUUGAAGGAUUGAAAAUAAAUGAGAGACAACUGAUGCUUUUCCAACUAUAUUAUAAUUAGGAAAAAAUUAAUUUUCUGAACACUGAAUUACAACACAGGAAUUUGAAUGUCAUAAAAGAGACUCUUUCUCACCAUGAAAAUAUACACAAAGCCAAGAAAAGGGAUCAUGGAAUGUUAAGUAGACAACUACAGCAAACAGGAAAAGAAUUGAAAAAAGAGGAGGAAGACAUAAGAGCCCUGGAGACAGUGCUGGGUCACCUAAAUAGUGCAUGGAGAAGUUUUCAAAAGCAGAUAGAGGAAGAAAUCUUACUUAAAGGGCGACACAUUGAAUUGGAAGCUAGUCAGCUGGAUCAUUAUAAAGAGCUGAAGGAGCAAGUAAGAAGGAAAGUAGCUAUGACAGAACAGUUGGAAAAGCUACAGUGGGAACAGAAGGCAGAAAAGGAAAGAUUGACAUUUGAAGAGAGGAGGCAUGGAGAAGUUCAGGGAAAUCUAAAAUAAAUAAAAGAACCAAUAGAUUAUCACAAAAGUUGAGUAGAGAAGUUGGAGGAGUACACAAAUACAUGCAUAGAUUGCCUAGAAAAGAAGCAGCAGCAGGAGCAUACCCUGGUAGAUGAGAUUGAGCACACAAAAUCAAGAAUGUCUGAAGUUAAUGAAGAACUUAGUCUCAUGAGAAGUGAAUUGUAGAAUGCUGGAAUUGAAGACCAUGAGGGAAAACGUCAAUGGAAGAGAGCUGUAGUUCUGGAAAACCUUAAAAGACUUUAUCCAAAUUCUGUGUUUGGAAGACUGCUUGACCUGUGUCACCCUAUCCACAAGAAAUACCAGCUGAAUGUGACUAAACUGUUUGGCCAGUACAUGGUUGCCAUUAUUGUAGCCUCUAAAAAGGUGGCAAGAGAUUGUAUUCGAUUUCUGAAGGAGGAAAGAGCUGAACCUGAGCCAUUCCUCACUCUAGAUUACCUUGAUAUCAAGCCUAUCAAUGAAAGACUAAGGGAAAUUAGGGGCUGUAAAAUGACGAUUGAUGUUAUAAAGAUUCAGUUUCUUCAGUUAAAGAAAGUGGUUCCGUUUGUCUGUGGAAAUGGCCUUCUCUGUGAGACUGUGGAAGAAGCAAGACAGAUAGCGUUUGGGGGACCUGAAAGACAGGAGGCAGUAGCAUUUGAUGGAACACUGUUUUUAAAAUCUGGAGUGAUCUCUGGAGGGUCAAGUGACAUGAAACACAAGGCUCGAUGUUGGGCUGAGAAAGAAUUAAACACUCUAAGAUACAAGAGAGGCCAGCUAAUUCAAGAACUGAAGGAGUUAAUGAAGUCACUCCGAGAGGAAACAGAUUUGAAGCAAAUACAGGCUGUAGUACAAGGAACUAACACCCGACUCAAGUCCCAAAAUGAACUACAGAUGAUUAAAAAGAAGCACCUUGAUGCUUUUUACUGUGAACAGUCUCAGCUACAAAGUGAAUUACUAAAUAUAAAGUCUCAGUGUACUAUGCUGAGUGAAGGAAUCAAUGAGGAACAGCAAAGAAUUGAAGAGUUUCAAGAAAAGAUAGAUAAGGUAGAAGAUGACAUAUUCCAACACUUCUGUGAAGAAAUUGGUGUGGGAAAUAUUCGUGAAUUUGAGAACAAACAUGUGAAACAGCAGCAAGAAAAUGAUCCAAAAAGGUACUUUCAUUUAAAAUUUGGUAAGCAGUUUACAUACAUGUGUGUCAUCUUUACUGACACUUUCAUUUGUGAUAUUGGUGAUUUGUCAUCUCUUCCUCUUCGGGUCUUGCUAGAGACUGAAAAAAGCUGUCUACAAAUUGUGGAUGAACUCAUGGGGAAGCAGGAAAACCUUAAGGAAGUUCUUGCCACUCAGAAUUCCAACAUUGAGAAAAUUCACACUCGAAGAGAAACAGAAGACAUUUCUGGCUGUUGA